AUGUCACUGGAUAUAUUAGCUGAAUCUAUACAUCAACGCAAUCCAUCUGGAUUAUUGAACUCACAACAUUCCAACGCGUCUGUAACAAAUUGCACACCAGUUGUUGCAAGUAACAAUAACAAUACACACAAAUAUCAACCGUCGGCAGCAGGACUGAAACGUGCUAGGCCCAGUGAAGAUUCAGAUGACCCAUUUAAAGAUAAAUCACAACAAAAUAGCACCAAGAAUGAUCAAAAAGGGUUUAAAAUACUGCAUCAUAGCUUUAACAAGUCAUUCCUCAAGAAUCAAAAUUUGUUAAACUCGCCUGGAGUUAGAUCUCAAGAAGUACACACAUCGCAUUCACAAUUCUAUCAAAGCUCAUUACAAGAUCAACAUCACCAUCAGACACAGCAUGCUGUGUCAACAUCACAACUACUGCGACCACCGGCACCAUUUGAAGAAAAAACGUAUGUUGUAGAACAGGAAGAAAAUGAGGAUGACGAAGUAUCACUUGAGGUUCUUGAAGAUAUGCACAAACUCGAACAACAUUUUCCCAUCUUGGCCACUGAUUAUAGAUUAAUUGAUAAAAUAGGUGAAGGGACUUUCUCCACUGUAUACAAAGCAGAAGCAAUCAAUGGUAAAAUCAAACUUGACAGUGACGUUUGGAAAUCGCCUCCUUUAAAGAAACACAAGAAUGCGCCAGCAGAUGCUUCACUGAAGAAGAAAAAGAAGAAUGCUGUUGUUGCAUUAAAACAAAUUUAUGUUACAUCAUCCCCCAACAGAAUAUUCAAUGAAUUGAAUUUGCUUUAUAUGCUUACUGGUAGCUCAAGAGUUGCUCCAUUAUUGGAUGUCUUGCGUCAUCAAGACCAAAUAUUGGCCAUAUUACCGUACUAUCAUCAUUAUGAUUUCCGAGAUUUCUUCCGUGACUUGCCUGUCAAGGGAAUUAAAAAGUACAUGUGGGAGCUUUUUCAAGCUUUGGAAUAUGUGCAUAGUAAAGGUAUUAUUCAUCGUGAUUUGAAACCAACGAAUUUUCUUUACGAUCCAUUUAAAGGGCGUGGAGUUUUGGUUGAUUUUGGAUUAGCCGAAAAACAAGUUACUCAAUCCUCAUCUAGUACUUCUUCACCUACACCAACUAGCUGCCCUUGCUUAUCAAGAGAAACUCUCGUCACUAACAAAUCAUUAUCUAAAAGAAUGUAUGUCAAAGGUGCAUACCCCAAAUCCGAUAAUCGACCACCAAGAAGAGCCAAUAGAGCAGGUACUAGGGGUUUCAGAGCACCAGAAGUCUUGUUCAAAUGUACUAAUCAAACUACACAGAUAGAUAUCUGGUCAGCAGGAAUUAUUGGCUUUUCAUUAUUGACCAGAAAAUUCCCCCUUUUCAAUUCACCAGAUGAUACCGACGCCAUUUUAGAAUUGGCGUGGAUAUUUGGUUAUGAAAAAAUGAUCAAGUGUGCUGAAUUACAUGGUUGUGGGUUAGAAAUUUCCAUGAAUCAGUUGCACAAAUUCAAUGGGAACUUGAUCAAAAUCUUGUAUGAUUUUCUCAAAACUGAAGUUGAUAAUGAUAGUGUUCCUGAAGAUAGUGUCAUUUAUGACACGUUAAACUUGUUUAAUUCAACGGGCGAAAAAUUUAUAAGACCUGCAUAUAUUGAAGAACCAAACAUUUCACAACAUGAACGAAAUUUAAUGAUUGAUGAAUUCAAAAAGGAAAUGGAAGAUUAUAAAGAUCAUAAGUAUUUAAUGGAAUUGUUGUAUUCGUGUUUUAAAUUGGAUCCGACAAAGAGAUUAACCGCAAAGGAAAUUCUUCAAUUGCCUUUUUUCCAUGAAUUGUCACCAUUGGAUAAAGAUGAAGAUGUGGUGUUCUAA